CUGCUUCGCUGAGGGAGCGACCAGCCUCCAGCUGUCCAGCAGCCUGAGCAGCCGAAAAUGGCCAGGAAACAAGAGGACCCUGAGAUCUGAAUCUGGAUCUUGAUUAGUAGAGUCCACUCUGGACUUAAGCAAGCAUCCUUCUUUCUCUCUGGGCUCGUCCUUGACCAAACCGCCGCCACCGCCGCGCCGGGAUAGAAUGGCAACGGCGUCCUCCUUCGCCGCUAUGUUCAUCAGCAGCGCCAUCGCUGCCUGCUUCGCUGAGGUGUGCACCAUUCCUCUGGAUACAGCCAAGGUGCGACUUCAGCUGCAAAAGAAAACGGCUGCUGGGUCUGCAGUUACAGGGGGGAUGCUGGGCACAAUGAAGUCCAUCGCAAGGGAGGAGGGCGUAGCUGCACUUUGGAAGGGCAUCGUCCCUGGCCUUCACCGCCAGUGCCUUUAUGGUGGCCUCCGCAUCGGCCUGUAUGAGCCUGUGAAAGCGUUAUUUGUGUUUGUGGGUGAUGCUGCUUUAUUGAACAAGAUUCUUGCUGCUCUUACAACUGGUAUCAUAGCAAUUGUUAUCGCAAAUCCAACUGAUCUUGUCAAAGUGAGACUGCAAGCUGAUGGAAAAGCUACCGCUGUCAAGAGGCACUAUUCUGGAGCACUCAAUGCCUAUGCUACCAUAAUCAGACAGGAAGGUAUUGGGGCUUUGUGGACCGGCCUUGGUCCAAAUAUGGCACGCAACGCCUUAAUUAACGCUGCUGAGUUGGCCAGCUAUGACCAAUUUAAACAGAUGUUCCUAAAUCUUCCGGGAUUUUCUGACAAUGUUUAUACCCACCUUUUAGCUGGACUUGGUGCCGGUAUUUUCGCUGUUUGCAUUGGUUCUCCAGUGGAUGUGGUGAAAUCAAGAAUGAUGGGUGAUUCAACAUACAGAAGUACAAUUGAUUGUUUUGUCAAGACAUUAAAGAAUGAUGGACCUGCUGCUUUCUAUAAGGGAUUUAUUGCAAAUUUUUGUCGAGUUGGGUCUUGGAAUGUGAUAAUGUUCUUAACUUUGGAACAGGUUCGAAGAUUCUUUCUGCAAGGAUGAUGUGCAAUCUGCCCAGCAUGAUUCGGUCGAGUAAGCUGGCUACAGCUUCUGGAGCAACGGACAUAUGCAAUCAAUCAGCAUAGGAUUCAGAUACACCAUUGUACAGGAGAAUGCAUUGUCAUGUUGUAAUAUCUCUGAUGACUACGGCGCAAUCAAUCAUGAUCACGUUGUAAAUUAUUUGGCCUUAUUCGAGGCGUCAUAUUUAACUGUUUUUUUGUACAAUUCGAUGUUUAGAAUAGUAACUGGAACUGUUUUUUAAGCAGUAACAUUUGCUUGUUUCCUUAAUAUGAAGAUACACCACAAGGAACUUUCUUUAUAAUCUUUAAA